AUGCCGCUUGGAACAUUACACAAGCUUUGCAUCGAUGCUGAAGCUGAGGAAGCAGUUUUGAAUCAUUCCAAGGGCUUCAAGCCGCUUUAUCAUGCUAUCUGCGCCCUCUCGUCAUUGAGCUUGGUACUCGGAGGUCAGCAGAGCUUUCUCAUAGAGGCCUUCCAGCACUACGACUGGGCUAUCUCCACCUGCAUCGGCUGCGCAUGGGCUGAACCCAGCUCUCUGUUUUAUCUGCACUUCAUUCUACUUAUCUACGACAUCUGUUGUGUAGCGCAGGGCAUCCCAGAUCAAGACAUGUGGGCCCAGCAUCUCCAGCAUCUCGCGCGGUUGAUGUACUGCCUGCGAAAAGACGAGCUGGACAAGACACAGGCAUACAUACUGUGGUACAUCCUGUAUCUCGAUACACAAUCGAGUCUGGCAGGAAAUGACGAGGCAGGAUCGUGUGUACGAGCUCAUCUCGCCAACGGCUCCUUUCUCCCAAGUUGGACUCAAUUGCAGUACGCGCAUGAGGAUAUCGACUCGCAGAACGAUUCUGGUAACUCCUCGACGGUUCACGAUUUAGCACUCUUUAUGUGCAAGCAGUUCGCCAAGCUGAGCCAGCUGGCUUUGCGGAUGCGAAAGGAGACCAAGGAAGGGAAGAGCGAUGUUGCGAUGCGUCAGAAGUGCAUCGAGGACUUCCACUACCAUCUUUACUCAGGCUGGACCCGAAGGUACCAGGUGAUUCUCGUACGGACCUCGUCAGAGGCCAGACUAUGGGUGGAUCCGCUAUCACGUACGAUGUUGGACUUUGCUUUGCUGCAAUACUCGACUACCGUCAUCUACUUGCAUACUAGCAUGUAUCCAGGUCAGUCCCUUCGCUUGUCUCCUAUGCGGAAAUGGGUUGCGCAACACUGUUCCAAGAUACUAUCUCUUGUAUCGAAUCAGAGUCUCGGCCAACAUCACCUGUCUUUCCCGCUCUUCUUGGCUGGCUAUGCAAGCAAAAGCAUACAGGAAAAGGUCCAAGCUGUGAAACUCAUGGAAAGUAUGCAGGCCGUGGGACUGAGCAAUGGAAGUCUACGAUCACUCGCCCUGCUUAAACUCAUCUAUGCGGAGCAGGAGGCCAGGCGUGGUUCCUUGGUGAAGACGGAAGACGUAGACUGGAUCGGUUUCUCGCACGAAGUAGGGAUAAAGGUGGUGAACUUCAGCCUUUAA